AGCGCCCCGGAGCCCGCGCGCCGCCGCACCCCGCCCGCCGCCCGCCGCCCCGCCAUGUCCUGGGCCCUGCUCCUCGGGCUCCUGGCUGCGCUGCUGCUGCUGCUGCUGCUGAGCCGCCGGCGCACGCGGCGACCUGGCGAGCCUCCCCUGGACCUGGGCAGUAUCCCUUGGUUGGGCCAUGCGUUGGAGUUUGGAAAAGAUGCUGCCAGCUUCCUCACUAGGAUGAAGAAGAAGCAUGGUGAUAUCUUUACUGUGCUGGUCGGGGGCAGGUAUGUCACCGUCCUCCUGGACCCCCACUCCUAUGACGCGGUGGUGUGGGAGCCUCGCAGCAAGCUGGACUUCCACACCUAUGCUGUCUUCCUCAUGGAGAGGAUUUUCGAUGUGCAACUCCCACAUUACAGCCCCAGUGAUGAAAAGGCCAAGAUGAAACCGACCCUCCUUCACAGAGACCUCCAGGCACUCACAGACGCCAUGUAUAGCAACCUCCGCACCAUCCUGCUGGGUGACACCUCAGAAGCGGCCAGUGGCUGGCACGAGAUGGGUCUCCUCGAUUUCUCCUACAGCUGCCUGCUCAGAGCCGGCUACCUGACUCUGUACGGAGUCGAAGCUCUGCCGCGUACCCAUGAGAGCCAGGCCCAGGACCGCGCCCACUCAGCUGAUGUCUUCCACACCUUCCGCCAGCUCGAUCUCCUGCUCCCCAAACUGGCACGUGGCUCCCUUUCAGUGGGGGACAAGGACCACGCGUGCCGAGUCAAAGGUCGCCUAUGGAAGCUGCUGUCCCCGGCCAGGCUGGCCACACGGGCCCAGCGGAGCAGCUGGCUGGAGAGUUACCUGCAGCACCUGGAGGAGACAGGCGCGUCCGAGGACAUGCAGGCCCGGGCCAUGGUGCUACAGCUCUGGGCCACGCAGGGGAAUAUGGGUCCUGCUGCCUUCUGGCUUCUGCUCUUCCUCCUCAAGAAUCCCAAGGCCCUGGUGGCUGUUCGUGGAGAGCUCGAGCAGCUCCUUUCCAGAGCAGAGCAGCCCAUUUCACAGAUGACUACCCUCCCCCAGAAGGUUUUGGACAGCAUGCCUGUGCUUGAUAGUGUGCUGAGUGAGAGCCUCAGGCUCACCGCCGCGCCCUUCAUUACCCGGGAGGUUGUGGUGGACCUGGCCCUGCCCAUGGCAGAUGGGCGAGAAUUCAGCCUGCGACGUGGAGACCGCCUCCUCCUCUUUCCCUUCCUGAGUCCCCAGAAAGAUCCGGAAAUCUACACAGACCCAGAGGUAUUUAAAUAUAACCGAUUCCUGAGCUCUGAUGGGUCAGAGAAGAAAGACUUUUACAAGGACGGGAAGCGACUGAAAAAUUAUAGCAUGCCCUGGGGAGCUGGGCACAACCAGUGCCUGGGGAAGGCUUACGCCAUUAGCAGCAUCAAACAAUUCGUGUUCCUCGUGCUGGUGCACUUUGACCUGGAGCUGAUCAAUCCCGACGUGGAGAUCCCCGAGUUUGAUCUCAGCAGGUACGGCUUCGGGCUGAUGCAGCCGGAACACGACGUGCCUGUCCGCUACCGUGCCCGGCCGUGAGCUCCAGGAGCAGAUGGGGCUCCACACACAUGCCUCCACCCAGCCUGCCCCCCAUCACCCAACUUCCUGUGUCUACGUUCGCCCUGGGUGCAGGAGCUUUGACCAAUGGGGCCAGCACUUUCCU